GAUGGGCAGAGCCAUAAUCUUUCAAAUUUCUGUUUUAACAAACCGCAAAAGCAAAGAGGAUAGCAAAAAAGCAUCCUCAUGGCUAGGUUGGUGGCAGUCCAGCAACAGACUCAGCCUUCUUUCUCUCUCCUUCCUUCUUCUUUUUCUGACUUCAACGGCACCAGACUUCACAGUCAAAUCCAGUGUAAAAGAAAGGUAUGGCAGACAAAAGGAGCAUUGCAGGUUACGGCAUCAACUUCCAAGAAUAUUCUUAUAAUGGGAGGCACACGUUUCAUUGGUGUGUUUUUGUCUAGACUUCUUGUCAAAGAGGGUCAUCAGGUUACUUUGUUUACAAGAGGAAAGGCACCAAUUACCCAACAAUUGCCAGGUGAAUCGGACCAAGAAUAUGCUGAUUUUUCUUCCAAGAUCUUGCAUUUGAAAGGAGACAGGAAGGACUUUGAAUUUGUGAAAUCCAGUCUCUCAGCUAAAGGCUUUGAUGUUGUAUAUGAUAUCAAUGGACGCGAGGCAGUUGAAGUUGAGCCUAUAUUGGAUGCUUUACCCAAGCUUGAACAGUUCAUAUACUGCUCUUCAGCUGGAGUUUACCUCAAAUCUGAUCUUUUACCACACGCUGAGACGGAUGCUGUUGAUCCGAAGAGCAGGCACAAGGGAAAGCUCGAGACCGAGAGUCUACUAGAAUCAAAGGGUGUCAACUGGACUUCCAUUAGGCCAGUAUACAUAUAUGGGCCCUUAAACUACAACCCUGUUGAAGAGUGGUUCUUUCACCGGUUGAAAGCAGGUCGUCCAAUUCCAAUUCCCAACUCAGGAGUGCAAAUAACUCAACUUGGUCAUGUAAAGGAUUUGGCAAAAGCUUUUAUCCAGGUUCUUGGUAAUGAAAAAGCAAGCAAGCAAGUAUUCAACAUAUCAGGCGAAAAGUAUGUCACUUUUGAUGGAUUAGCAAGGGCAUGUGCAAAGGCUGGUGGUUUUCCAGAGCCUGAGCUCGUUCAUUACAACCCCAAGGAAUUUGACUUUGGGAAAAAGAAAGCAUUUCCAUUCCGUGAUCAGCAUUUCUUUGCAUCCAUUGAAAAGGCAAAACAUGUGCUUGGAUGGAAGCCUGAAUUUGACCUGGUAGAAGGCCUUGCAGAUUCUUACAACCUAGACUUUGGUAGAGGAACAUUCAGAAAAGAGGCUGAUUUCUCCACUGAUGACUUGAUCCUUGGCAAGAGUCUUGUUCUACAGGCUUAGAUUUUUUCACUCUUUUUUUUUUUUUUUCUUUACCUCUUUUCAUAUCUUUU